AUGGUCGCUUUGAAACUGUUCGUUCUCUGUGCACUGGCCGGCGUAAUUAUUGCACAGGAGCAAAAAAGCACCGCCGAAAUCCUUUCAGACAACAGCUUUGUCAGACCUGAUGGAUACGAUUUCGAAUUCAAAACCAGUGAUGGAGUGUCAAGGAAAGAGGAAGCCGGUCUUAUUACCGUAGGAGAAAACCAAGGUAUUGCUGUCCGAGGCUCAUACUCAUACCUAACUCCCGAUGGUCAGGAAUACGAAGUGACCUUCACAGCUGACGACAAAGGAUACAAACCCACCAUCCGGAUUAUCGAUCACAGUCAGCAAUGA